GAGAAGAGAAUCGUGUGCGGUAUUGUGGCACUGGCUGUUCGAGGAAGAGCAAGAUUGUGGCUACAGAUCCAGCUCAAGCCUCUUCCAUCAGUUUUCUGGGGCCUACUGCGCGCUGGGCUGUAUCUCCCUCGAGAGUCUACAAAGGCGUGUUCUUGAACCUGCAGGGGCAAUCACGGCGAGGAGGCACGCAAAGAAAGAGAUUGGCAGCUAUGGGACGUGCUAGCCCAUUCCACGAGACGGACGGCGACUACCGGACGGAAAAGUUCAUGGAAGGUGGAUCGUCAGUGCUUCCCCUGUACAGCCUCCAGGACUCCCUGCCGCGGCUGCCCCUGCCGACGUUAGAGGAAACCUUCGCGAGAUACUUGGUUUCGAUUGAACCUCUGGCGGACGAGGAGGAGUACAAGGCGACUGCUACAGCUGCUCGAGAGUUUCUUCGUCCAGGGGGAUUGGGAGAAAGGCUGCAAGCGCGGCUUGCCCGACGCUCGAUAGAUCGCCACGACUCGAGUUGGCUUGCAGAGUGGUGGAACAAACUAGGCUACCUGCACGACCGAGGGCCCACGGUGUUCUUCGUGUCGUACUUCUACCACUUCUCGGACAGCCCGAGAGCGGCCGUGGAACGGACGCAGACGGGCCGCGCCGCCGCGCUCAUUCACGCCGCGCUCUUGUUUCGGCGUGCCGUUUUCACCGGCCGCCUGCCCCCUGAGAAGGUUGGCAAGAAGGGGGUCCCUCUGUGCUCCACGGCCUACAAGUAUAUGUUCAACGCAUGCCGGGUGCCGGGAGAAGCCGAGGACCGGGUCCGGCUCUACCCUGCUGGGGGUAACCACCACAUCCUGGUCAUCCGCCGCAACCGCUUCUUCGUCGUACACGUCACCGACGCUGAGGGGCAGCCCUUGUCCCACCGAGACAUCCAGCUGCAGCUGCAGGCCGUCGUCGACCUGGCCGACCCGGCUGCCUCCGAGUCCGCACCGCCGUCCAGGCCCGUAGGCGUGCUGACCUCCUGGGGUAGACCCGAGUGGUCAAAAGCUAGGGAGCAGCUGGUAGCGGACGGUAACGAAGAGCUAUUGGAGAGGGCGGAGGCGGCGGCGCUGACCGUGUGCCUGGAUGACCAUGCGCCCCAGACGAGGUCCGACGUGGCGCGCGCGCUGUGGCACGGGGACGGGCGGAACCGGCACUUCGACAAGUCGGUGCAGAUCGUGGUGUUCCGGAACGGGAAGGCCGGGCUGGUCGGCGAGCACUCCAUGAUGGACGGAAUGCCGACCCUCCGCCUGGCCGAUUUCAUGAUGAAGAAAACGAUGAGAUUUUCAGCCGAUUCUUCAGCGGGAAGUGAUUCCUUUCCCGAGUCUUGGUCUCCCGUUGCCGUCACCCCACCCCGCCCCCUGGAUAUCGCCCUAUCGCCCGCUUCUCUUAGAGCAAUCGCCUCCGCGGAGGUUGCCUUCGAUCGACUGGUCAACCAACACGAGGCGAUUCUGGAGUUCACAGGCUACGGCGCGAACACCAUCAAGAAGUUCAGGAUCAGCCCCGACGGCUUCGUGCAGAUGGCUCUCCAGCUCGCGGUAUUCAAGAUGACAGGUGAGAUGUGGGCCACCUACGAGCCCGCUCAGGUGAGAAAGUUCCUCCACGGGAGGACUGCCUGCGUGCGCUCCCUGUCAAGCGCGGCCAAGGACUGGGUGCUGUCGAUGGAGGACGAGGGGGACAGGAGGCCGACUCCUCACCGCCUCGGGCUCUUGCGGAAGGCGGCAGAGUCGCACAUGGAGUAUGCUCGGAGCGCAGCUGAGGGUAAGGAUGUCGACCGGCACCUGUUUGGACUCCAGAGGGUACUGGCAGCCGAUGAGUCUUGCUCGGUGUUCACCGACCCGGUGUUCUUGCGAUCCAAGCACUGGCGAAUGAGCACGAGUCACUUGACGCACGAGCAGUUUGAUGGGUGGGGUUGGGGCGAAGUUGUGCCUGACGGCGUGGGCGUGGCCUACUCGAUCAAGAAGCGCUCGCUGCUCUUCACGGUCGCCUGCCGCCGCCGCCCUGAGGGGUGGUCGUCCGGCCUCUGCCACCACCUCCAGGAGGCGUUGCUGGACAUGAGGGCCCUGUGUGAGCACGCCGAUGGAGUGGGAUCUAAGCUGUGAUGCCUCGCGGGUCCUCCUGGUCCCCCCGUUGGUUUGGUGGCGGAUCUUGCGCCUUGGUGCUGAUGAUGUGGAUUGUAGACUAGGAGCAACGGUGGACUGGGGGUGGAGAUGUACAUCUCUUUUUCCCUUGUUUUAGAGAAUACACACACGACGUAAGCACACGUCGUUUCUGUUUGGCGUUGCGGGUAGCCGGCCCACAUAUGUAUCUCGUGAUAUGUGGCUGGGUAGAGUGUAAGUUUUUUGCGGUGCGUUGAGCCAUAGACUACAUGCGUAGCGUUUUUGUCAUUCUGUAGAAGAGCAGUGUUUGUAUGCGUCUCUCACUAUCGUACGCGUUGUGUUUCGCUCAUGAUGACCACUUUUUUUUGAGUCGUGACAAUUGCUAUGAGCUCUGUCGGUGCUCACUCCUACACAGAGAAAUCUAGGAUCCGUCAUGAACCAAAAACAGGAGGGAAAGUGUCAAAACUGCACCUUCUUCGCAGACAAAGUGUUGUAGUGAUGGGGUAGACUAUGAUAGGUCAAACUUUGUCGCUCUCGUUGGGAAAACUUUUCCUUGCCUCCGCUGUCGAAGUCCCACGUUCGCUUCGAGGACUGGUUUGCCAAACAAGACCCCGCUUUCUUGGAGUCUUUUCCCUUCCACGAAGGAUCAUCGCCCAACAAAAAAUUCAUUUCCAAGUCUUACAGCAGUAGUACAAGUACUUGGAUUCAAUCUUCGUGCAUAAAACGAGUGCACAUUCCAACGAACCAACAUGGGUAUGCAUGUGUUGUGGGUACGAUUUGGUGGUCUGCAACAACAUAGUAGGGCAAGCGAAUGCGCUCUCUCUUUGAAGGACCAUCGGGG